AAUGAAGGUGUUGUGCCUUUUUCCAUUUUUGACAGGUACGAAGAUGUUGCCAAUAAGGGGAAACGGCGACCGACAAUGGCCUGCAGUUUAAUUUGUUCCGUGUUUAGUUUUUUAAGAUUAUACGUGAUGCUGCUUAGUGUUGAAUGUUACCCUCGACAGGUACGUACAAAGAGCAGAAGUAAAGCUCGUGAAUGUAGCAUAGCAGCCAACUAGCCGGCCACUGAGAAAGGAAGCCAUUGUUUGAGUUGUUGGCUAACAUGGCAACGAAAGCUAACGCUAGCAGCGUCGGCUAGACGGGCUCGCUUAAAGAAUUGUUGCCGUGGAUACAGAAGAGAUAAUCCUUCAUGAUGUGUGACAGUAAUGAGGCCAGUGAACAGUCCUCCUCUCCCUCAUCUUGGGCCAGUCCCUCCAUUUCACCAUCCUCCUAAAUCUCUCACCCAGCCUGCCAAGAUGACUGACAGGAAGGAGCCACCCUUCUUUAAUGAUGACAGUUUGGGAGCUUUUCAAUAUAAGCUCCCUUUCUAUGACACUAUGGAGCUGUUCAUAGAGACCCUGAGCGGACGUGUUUUUGAGCUGCGUGUGUUGCCCUUUGAGGCUGUCAUUUCAGUCAAAGCCAAGAUCCAAAGGCUGGAAGGUAUCCCUGUUGCCCAGCAGCAUCUUAUCUGGAACAAUGUAGAGCUGGAUGAUGAACAUUGUCUACAUGACUAUGGCAUUGCAGAGGGCUGCACUUUGAAACUAGUCUUAGCUAUGAGGGGAGGCCCAAUUAACACUAGGAGAGUUACUAUGGAGGAUCCUAUUAAAGAAGUGGCUGACCUGAUGGAGGGCACAAAGGAGGAUGGCUGGGAGAAAAACCAGGCAAACAAGCAGGUCACAUUUGUGGUCUAUCGUGAAGGUGACCAGCUAAACUUCUUUCGAGUUGUUGACAGAGGAGAUGGUACUCUGACCCCUCUGUCGGAGUCUCUGAGUGGUGGUUCGGUGUACAAUGUGUAUGCAGAGGAGGAGGAUGGAGAGAGUUCUGCAGCUGCACAGCAGAACCUUGAGAACUCUAUCACCAUGACUAAAAUGAAACUGCUCAAAGCCAAAAUGGAGGACAUGAACCUCAACAAAAAGAAGUCAGCAAAGAUAAAACCGCGGGCCCCUGUUAGCCCACAUCCCUGCAGCAGCUCUCUUGGACCUGCCAACACACGACACUAUCAUCGCCUUUUUCGCUCACUCCCACAGAUUAACCAGUCUCGACAGACAAUUGCCCCACUACCUCCGAUUAUAGACCAAGAAUCCAUAGAACCUUCUCCACCACCCACUGCUGCGACUUCUGCCCAUUUGACAAUCCCAAGACGGUCUCCUCCUUCUUUCUUGUCACCCUCUUGUUAUAUGCUUCAGGAGGAGGAACCAUGGGAGACAUGCGCACCUUUUGCAAAGAUCCGCCCACCUCCAAAAGUGUCCCGAAUGGAUAUUGGCAGCAGCAGAUUGAUGAGAGACUGUGUUUACCCCCAGCUCCCACCACUGUACACCAGGGCACCUCCCGAAGCCCCUUUUGACCCAACUGAGCCUUCAGGGGAGACAGUCGGUCUGAGUUUAUUAGAGGAAGCAGUUGGAGUCAUGGCUCCAACACAGCCUAGUUUUGAGGAACUGGCGGACCCUCUGAGACUGGAUAUGCCAAUCCAGCCAGCGGGUGGUCUUCAACCUCUCGAUGUUGGAGCUCAGCACCAGCUGCCACACUCCCCCUCCCCACUCAGCCCUUGGACACUUGGCACAAGUGAUUCGGUCAGCAGUGGAGCUGAUGGUACACAGCUUGGCACAUCAUUGCAUAUUAGCUCCCCCUCUCCAUUAAUUGCCUCCACUUCACCAUCCACUUCAACCAGAAUGCAGUCUCAGCCUUUUGAUUCCACACUUUGUUUACAGCCUAAUCUACAAGCACAAUCCUCUGUGAAAUCAGGCUGCAAAUCCCCUCUUCCUCCAACCACCCUGUCGAUUCAUCCACCACGCCUUUGCGGUGUCAAAGUAGAGUCGCCUGGCAAAAGGCCAGAGCUCAUCUCUAAGAGAGAAGCAAGAGGCAUCACUAAGAUGGCAAACCAAGCCUGUAAGGAGCCUCUUGGGUCUUUGAACGACUCAGAUCUGUUGGCUUCUCUCUCUACAAGGGCUCCAGACUCCAGCAGCAGCAGGAACAACCUUGGAGAAAGUCUGGGACUUGCACUGACCUUGCCUCCUGCCACUGCCUCAAGACAGGGCAGCCUUGGGUCCAGGCUGCCAUCCAUCUCUACUAACAGGUUCCUUCAGGAUGGUCUCAUUAGACAAAUGUCUCCAUUGCGCCGAGCAGCCGCCUCCUACAGGACCAGCAACUCUCUUGCAUCAGCUGGGGGAGGCAUGACUUCUUUUGGAACAAUAGGCACUCCAACAUACCACCUACCUCCAGUCAAAGUUCCUGCAGGCACCAAGAAGAAGAGCUCAAAGCACUGCUUCCUCUGUGGCAAGAAGACUGGGCUGGCCACCAGCUAUGAGUGCAGGUGUGGCCACAACUUCUGUGCCACCCACCGCUACGCAGAGACACACGACUGCACUUUCGACUACAAGAGUGCGGGCCGGCGCUUUCUGCAGGAGACCAACCCUCUGAUCAGCGCUCCCAAGCUGCCUAAGAUCUAAACCCUACAAGCCUCACCUCUCGAAGGAUGGCAAGAUCAGCUGACUGCAUUGGCGGGGGGGGGGGUCGGGUCACGGUCAUGGUGAGUUCCUUCUAGGAGCUCAUACCCCACUGUGUGCUUUUGUUUUUAUCAGCCAAGUCUGCUUGACAUUUUAAUAAUUAUUCCGUAAAGCCAAGUGCGAACAAACAAAAGUAGACUGAAAUGGCACAGAACUAAUUACCGUCUCUUUACAAUGUGAAAAUAUUUAUCCCUAGUGUGUGUUACUUUUUCCUUUUUUCUUUGUGGAAAAAAAAACAAAAAAAACUGCAUGUUGUUAGGUAGUUUUUACUAAAUAUAUCUGCUGCACGUUUUUUUUUUUCUUUUUCUGUUUUUUUGUGUUUGUUUUUUAUUAACUGGACUGCUGUUGACUUAAUUUGACAAGUCUUUAACAGAUGCACUUUAGAACUGUAUUUAUACAUGUGACCUUACUUUUUGUCAGGAAGGCUGCAUUCAUGUCUGUGUUUGUCUAAAGGAGUGUUAAUGUUAUCCAGACUUUUAUAUACUGCACAUGUCUUUUCUUACCUGGGCACAUACAACAUCACUAACAGCGUUUUUUUUUUUUUAAAGAGAGGACAGUACACCCACUUAUUGAUGAAAUACUUAAUAUUUAUUAAUGAAUACUACUUAUUUAAAUUAAAGGUUGGUUUUAAAUAGUAAGUAUGCAAUGUGCGUAAGUGUGAGUGUCAGUAAUCUAUCUGCCUAUGGAUUAAGCUGUAUUAGGACUGGGAGGUGGGGUAGGUUAUAAUGUUUAUGAUGUUUCUACAGUGAGGUGUUUGCCAUAAGAAAAAAAAAUCUUUUUUAAGUCUUUUUUUUAUUGUUCAGCUUUUGCAAAAACUUUAAAUGCUGGUCAAGUAUCUACAGGGGUCUGAUCUAAUAAAGCUUCUUUCCAAACGUG